GUUCGUAUAUACCGAGAUACAUGUAUGGACGAUGCACUUUCGUUGUGAAUUUCGUUUAAAAUCCAUAUUCUAAUUAAAAAUUCCGCUUAUAAAAAAUAUCAAAACGUAAGUAACUUCGUUCAAAGAUUUAGCAAAAAAAAAAAAAUCUAAAUUAAUAAGGAAAACAUAUAAAUAAAGGAAAAGCAAAAGGAGCAGAAAAUUCAGCUUCACCUUGUACAGAUCUUCGAACAGUAACGGGCAGACUCUCGAGGUCGGCUUCGUUUCGAGGAAUGCGUUCGUUUACUUUCUUCGGUCACGCUGGAAUAAUCCCGUUAGCUAUUGUGAACAAAUUCGUUAUCAAAACUGUGCGACGCAACAACGCUCACGAGUACCCAGAUCGAUAGUUUGAUUAUGCGCGAAUAACGGAGCUGUUCGAAGUAUCGAACGACGGAAUGCACUCGCUUCGAAGGUAUUUACUCAUAAAACUGCAACGCGAUACCCGCGAAAUUAAUUAAUUAUCGGAAUUUGGGUCGGGGAGCUACGCCAUGCAGCGCCAGAGCGUAGCCAGAGGGUGAUGUGGGAAAUGCCGCUGUAAAUUUUGGAAUUUAUUUUAACGAGAUUAUACAAAUAUCCGGUCGAGAGUUAUUUGCUAUCGUUCAAAAAUUCAACUGUCGUCUUUACUUUACAUAUACGUGUUAUAUACGCAUAUUGUAUCAUCGUACGUUUUAAUAGAAUACGAGACUUUUUUUUAAUCCGGUAAUAGCAGCUACGUGAGUAGAAAAUAUUAAAAAUACGAAAACCUGUAUAAUUAUAUGUCAACUAAUUAUUUGCAAGGUAUGGAAUUUUAUUUUAAUAUUAUGUUAAUUUACGUCGACAACUUUGCUCACUCGCACACCACAUACACACACACACACACACAAACGCACACAUAUAAAGCUAACGUGACGUAAAUUAACCUGGUAUUAAAAUAAAAUCGUAUCGAAAUAAAGAACAUUAUCAUAUAUCCUUUGCGUGCCACAUCCGGCUGAUAAUAUAUUUAGACGUUCUCGUUAAUUAUGCGCAUUAUGCGUCAGUUUCUCACGAACAUUAGAGAGUCAUGGACCAAUCGAUUUGCGUCGUUGAUGCAACGAAAAGAAACGAAAAUAUCGCAAUGCAAUACGAUCCGGAUCAUAUUGCGCUCAUAUCAGCGAUCGAGAAUGGAGAGUUCGACAAGACGAGUGAAAUUUUGGCGCGCGAUCGCGAAAAUAGAUACGUACGUUCGGUAGGUGCUCUUCAAGUGACAGCCCUGCAGAUGGCUGCCUGGCAGGGGAACAUAGAUCUGUUGAAUCGACUCUACAAGAGAGGUGCCGAUAUAAACAGCGUGGAUAAAAUUGGUAGAUGUGCCCUUUAUUACGCGGCAUACAACGGUAAUACUGACGUGACAAAGUGGCUUCUUCAGCAUGGAGGAUACAUUGACGUCAAAGUCGGUAUCUACUCGUGUGCCAAGAACGUCCCGUAUUCUUCGCUGACAAAAUCCUAUCUCGUAGGAAGGAGAUUGCCAGUACCCGUGUGCUGGGGAAGAACGCCCUUGCACGAGGCGGUGAAAAAUAAUCACGCAGACGUCGUGCGCAUUUUAGUGGAGGGCGGUGCGGAUGUGAACGUUAGAGACGAGCGCUCGAUCACUCCGUUGCUCUUGGCAGGAAGCGCGGUGAAUCGCGAUGAUCUCAAUGAGAUGACUAAGUUCGUCGAGAUCGUUAGGAUUCUGGUCGCCGCGAAGGUGUUCGUUAACACUGUUCAUCCGGAUACGGGCACCACUGCUCUGCACCAUGCGGCAAUGCUAGGCAGUGCAGAAGCGACCAAGAUAUUAUUGUCAAAUGAUGCAUGGCCGAUGUAUAAAUGCAAGAGCUCCGGAAAUACGCCUCUUCAUAUCGUCGCGAGUACAGGGAGUAUCGAGACACUAAUGGUUCUACUCGAAGCAAUGCCACAUCAUAACAUUGAUACGUGCGAUCAAAUCAAUCGUACGGCUCUUCAUAGAGCGUCCUAUCAGGGUUACCGCGAGUGCGUACGAGCUUUGAUCAGUCAUGGAGCUAAUUUAGCUGCGGUAACGAAGACCGGAGUUACCGCCGUGGAUGCCAUAUCCGCUCACAUUUCGCGACCAUUGGCCUUUUUAACAGAUGUCUUGGAUUCUUGCGUACGAACGACCAAUAAUUCUCCUUCGGAGAAAUACGAGAAUAUCACCGUCGACUUCGGUAUAUUGGCCCCAAAGAAUCAGAUGCAAAUGGCAGUGGUUACAGCCUUUAUUGCCGCAGCUUCGGAUAUAAGGCAACUGGCAAUAUUACAGCAUCCAGUUGUGGAGACGUUUCUCAGAUUAAAGUGGGCGAGAUUAAGAAUACUUUUCUUCUUUCUUAUACUCGUAUACUUGUCCUUUGUUAUUUCUCUCUCGAUCUACGCUAUAAUGCUUGCACAUAAUGAUGCUGAUCACGUGGUGACUCGAAGACUCCUAGCGAUCUGCUCUUGCAUUCUUUUGAUUCACAAUGCGAUUCAAAUUAUAUUAGAACCAAAGCAUUAUUUGAGACAAUUAGAGACGUGGUUGUCACUCAUAUGCGCCAUGCUAUCCUUGGUAACGUCGAUAGCGGGAGAAUUUGUAAACUGUUCAAAGGAAGAAACUGAACCACCGUAUUGCAUCCACUGGGUGCUACAUUCCAUCAGCAUCGCAAUCUUGUUGAGUUGGAUGCAAAUGAUGUUGUUAAUUGGUCGAGUUCCAAUGUGGGGAUAUUACGCGCUUAUGUUUUCUACGGUGUUGAAGAACAUUCUAAAGGUUCUCUUGGCGUUUGGCUACUUGAUUAUUGGAUUCGCGUUAAGUUUUGCCGUUUUGUUUUACGGAGACGAUCAAUUUCACAAUCUCUGGAGAUCUAUCAUAAGAACUGUGGUAAUGAUGAUGGGCGAGUAUGACUAUGACGAUCUGUUCGAUACCAAGAACGAUAAGAAUACCUUUCUACCAGUCACAACAAGAAUCGUGUUUGUCGUCUUCAUCAUGCUCGUCAGUAUCGUUCUGAUUAAUCUGACGAUCGGUUUGGCGGUCAACGACAUUCAAGGUCUUGAAAAAGAGGGCUAUAUACGUCGAUUAUUGAAACAGGCGGAAUUUAUCGCACAUCUAGAAAGGCUGACGUCACACCGAAUCUUUCGCAGCAAUUGGCUACAUCCUCGCUUAAGAAUGCUGUUGCACUCGAGACGCGAUAUUCCCACAAAAAUUACGCUGCUCUCUCGUGAAAAUUAUUUUCAUCAUCUGAGUCAUUUUACGGAGUCGCCUCCUAAGAUUCCAGCCGAUCUGAUAGAAGCUUUAUUUCUGUUAGCCAGCAAGAAAUCUUUCGAGAACGAUAAUUUAGCGGACAAAAACAUAGAAAUUGGCGAUACGAAGCUGACUUCGAUACUAUCCAAUUUAGAGGAACAAAUUCGGGAAUUGAAAACACACUGUUAUCGUAAUUUAACAAGUCGAAAAUUUUCGAAACGACGCGGAUUCAAAAGAAGACAUGUUCAAAAGAGAUUUAUAAAUAUUUAGUACAUUGUAUGUACUUUUUCAUUGCAAUCAUUGCAAUUUUUUUAUUUUUCAGUGUGCUGUAUUAUUAACCUAGUAACGUUUAUUACAAUCCAUUAAAGCGCCAUAGAAAAUUUCGUUAUUGAUACGGUAUAUAAUUUAUAUAAAAUAAAAUAAAAACAAAAUAAACAAUAAAUACAAAAAUAAAUAUAAAAAUAAAAAAAAAAAACAAAUGUUUUCUAUAGAAUAAAAGUUGCAAAGCCACCACUACAUGUAACUGAUGUAACGCUCGAUGCACGUAAGUGAUAAGUCAGCGAUCCGUCUUAUCUUCGCAGUAUAAAGAGACCUAACAGCUAUAUCCUACAGAUGUCACCACGGAACUGAUUCAAAUUCCAAUACUUUUUAGAGCUAUCCGCGCGGAAUCUACAAUCAUGAUCCACAUCUAACGAAUUUAAAUUUGCUCGGAACGAUCAAAUUUCUAUUUAAAUUAAAAUUAUCGAUUUUACGUACGUGUUGUCCCUUCUAUCGUUCAGUUAGCAUGACGAUGUCAAUGCGUUUACAAGCAUCAUGGAAAGACAAAGUUCUCAAGCGCAAUUUAAUUUCAUUAAAAUAUAAUUUAGCAGCGAUCACCGGGGCGAGAUCUACGCGUAAUCACCGAUAAGGCACUGAAUUACACAGUAAUUAAGGAUAUUUACGGUAGUACGUAAAACGCAUGCUAGAUCGUCGUUUGGUCGUAGCGCUCGAAUGCGACACGCGCUGCCGUAUCUCUGGAUAUAUAUGCCGGUAUUAAAGACUUUUUAUUUUUCAACCAUGAUAUGCAUUUAACUGGGGGGGUUUUGCAUGUUCGCGUCUCCAUAUAUCCGGCUAGUAAAUAGCCGCGCGUAUUACUCGCGGAUGCAGCAGCGGCCGAGAAUUACGCAGCCGAAAAAUAUUGCGGAGCAUAAAUUAUAAGCCGGAUAAGUAUAUUUGCAAAAUGUACGCUCUUUCCCAACGGUUAUGUCGCAUAGCGGCAGCAAGCUCCCACCGUAAAACGUGUAAUUUUCCUGUCUUACUCAUUUCUAGUAUUCCCGUUUAAUUCUUUAUUGGCGUAUAGGACUUGAAUAAUAAUUUUAUAGAAUUCCUACCGCGAUAACACACGCAAGAUAAAAAUCCGUAUCAUAAAAGAUACAAACGUUAGGGAAGCUUGCUUGAAUUUUGCCUCGCUAAUAAAGAUUUACACUCGAUUACAUUGUAAAUCGAAUAGGACGAAUGUAUCAAAGCGCUUUAAAUAGCGCACUUUUUAAGCGUAUAUUAAUCAUGUAACUCUCUGCGCUGCAUACCUAUGAUAGAUUCAUGCAUUCCUAAAGAUUGCGAGGCUAAUUAAAAAUAUGAAAGAGCACACUCGCAGAGAGUGAUGCGGCUAAAAUUUAGUUUGGACGACGUUUUUAAAAAGGAACAACGGUGACAAAAAGCGAUAGUCGAAAAACUCGCUGAAAGAGACUCGCGAGAGAAGACGCGGCGGCGGCGGCUCUCAUCAGCGAUGCGAAUUCAGAUGCUUUCAUGACGUAUUAAAUUCGCUUGUGCACGUCGAAAUCCUGUACACGUUUCAAUGGCGUUUCAGCGGCACGCACCACGAUUCGGUGGUAUCGUCGUUAUUUCGGAAGAGCGUCGGAAACACGCGCCGCUAUUUUCUCGAUUUUGCGCUGUCAUAGGCCGGUAUUCACAGUCGGUUCUUAUUUCAAAAUCGUCUUG